AUGACAGUAGCCACACAAGCAGGACGAUACGGCAACCUGACCCCCGAACAGACCCUCAAGCUCAAGGACAUGUGGGCCCAUCUUCUGGGCGCCAUGGGAGUUCUGGACGAGACCACCGCCAAGCAGCUGUCUGCUUCUGUGCACACCGGAGGCGCGGCCGCCUCUGAGGCUCCGGCCCCCAAGAAGUCUGGAGGAGGCCUGUUUGGCCGAAAGAAGGCAGCCCCCGAGCCGGAGGAGGAUCUGUCUAACCAGGCCUCGUUCAAGGACGUGCUGGGCACAAUCUCCAUUGAGCAGCUGCGACUGGCUUUCUGGAACAUGGUGCGAUGCGACAACCCCGACAACCUGCUGCUGCGAUUCCUGCGAGCCCGAAAGUGGGACGUGCCCAAGGCCCUGUCCAUGAUGGCCGCCACCUUCAAGUGGCGUCUCCAGGAGGGCGACGUUGAGGAGAUUGAGUUUAAGGGCGAGCUGGGAGCCCUAAAGGAGAACGACGAGGAGUUCCUGCUUCAAUUGCGAUCUAAGAAGGCCUACAUCCACGGCCGAGACCUCGAGGGCCGACCCAUUGUCUACGUGCGACCUCGAUUCCACAACCCCAAGGCCCAGAAGGAGAAGUGCAUUGAGAACUUCACCGUCCACAUCAUCGAGACCGCUCGACUGACCCUCAACGACCCUGUUGACACCGCCGCCGUGCUCUUCGAUCUUUCCGGCUUUGCUCUCUCCAACAUGGACUACGCCGCCGUCAAGUUCAUCAUCAAGUGCUUCGAGGCCCACUACCCCGAGUGUCUGGGAGUUCUGCUCAUCCACAAGGCUCCUUGGAUCUUCUCUGGAAUCUGGAACAUCAUCAAAAACUGGCUGGACCCCGUGGUGGCUUCCAAGAUCCACUUCACCAAGAACACCUCGGACCUCGAGAAGUACAUCCCCAAGAAAUACAUCCCCAAGGAGCUCGGUGGAGACGAUCCGUUUGUCUACGAGUACAUUGAGCCCAAGGAGGGCGAGGGCGACCGACUUCAGGACGAGGCCACUCGAAACAAGAUGCUGCAGGACCGAAUCCAGAUCUACUCGGGCCUGGAGAAGAACACCAUUGACUGGAUCAAGUCCACCAAGCAGACCGAGGGUCCUCUUCUGCAGGAGCGAUCUGAGCUCACCAAGAAGCUGCGAUCUCAGUACUGGCAGAUUGAUCCUUAUCUCCGAGCUCCUUCCAUUCUCGACCGUCUCGGAGAAAUUACUUACGCUUAG